CCAAGCUCUGUCUCCAUCAUUCCUCCACCCUCCUCCGCAAUUGACCAUCUCCUUUGCACACACAUUCGCCAUGCUCGCCUCAAGAACCGCACUGCGUCAAGCAGCCACCAAGCACAUCUCCGUCAAGGGCAGCGUCCGAGCUGUCUCAGUAUGGUCGCAGAUCGCUCAGGGACCUCCGGUGAGCCAUUCUGGGUAUUACCGAAGCCUUCAAGGCCGACAGCAACCCCAAGAAGAUCAACCUGGGUGUUGGUGCGUACCGCGAUGACAAGGGCAAGCCCUAUGUGCUCCCUUCAGUCAAGCAAGCCGAGAAGAAGAUCAUCGAAGCGAACCUCGACAAGGAGUACGCUGGCAUCACCGGUGUCCCCAACUUCACCAAGGCUGCCCUUAAGCUCGCAUAUGGCGCCGACUCUGCUCCUCUCAGCGAAGACCGCAUCGCCGUCACCCAGACCAUCUCCGGCACCGGUGCCCUCCGCAUUGGCGGUGCCUUCCUCGAGCGUCACUACCCCGGCGCGAAGGCCAUCUACAUCCCCACUCCCUCGUGGGCCAACCACAAUGCCGUCUUCAAGGACUCUGGCCUGAAGGUCGAGAAGUACAGGUACUACAACAAGGAUACCAUCGGCCUCGACUUCGAUGGAAUGGUUGCAGACAUCAAGGCCAUGCCCAAGGGCAGCAUUAUCCUGCUCCACGCCUGCGCUCACAACCCAACCGGUGUCGACCCUACUGAGGACCAGUGGGUCAAGAUUGCCGAUGCUGUAAAGGCAGGCGACCACUUUCCCUUCUUCGACAUGGCCUACCAGGGCUUUGCCAGUGGCGACACCAACAAGGAUGCCUUUGCGCUCCGUCACUUCAUUAAGGAGGGUCUUUACCCUGUCCUGUGCCAGUCCUUCGCCAAGAACAUGGGUCUCUACGGAGAGCGUGUUGGUGCCUUCUCCGUCGUCUGCGAAUCAGCGGAUGAGAAGAAGCGUGUCGACUCUCAGAUCAAGAUCCUUGUGCGCCCACUAUACUCCAACCCUCCUGUACACGGCGCCCGCAUCGCUUCUGAGAUCCUCAACGACCCCUCAUUGAACAAGCAGUGGCUUGGUGAGGUCAAGGGCAUGGCUGACCGCAUCAUCACCAUGCGUGCUCUGCUGAAGGAGAACCUCGAGAAGCUCGGCAGCAAGCAUGACUGGAGCCACAUCACCUCGCAGAUUGGCAUGUUCGCGUACACUGGACUCAAGCCUGAGCAGAUGGAUGCUCUGGCUAAGGAGCACUCUGUCUACGCCACCAAGGACGGCCGUAUCUCCGUUGCCGGCAUCACCAGCGAGAACGUUGGUCGUCUCGCCGAGGCCAUCUACAAGGUCAAGGGCUAGGCUAUUGGUACUGGCGUUGACUUUCUCUUCCCCGACGAUUGAAAUGAAAUCAGCACGACACAGCAUAGCAGUAGACUGUACUAUAUUACAACGGAGGCUAGAUUGCAUUACAAACCUAGUCGACGCGAACAUAAUAAAGUCUGGCGCUACGGCACUCCCAAAA